ACCCAACCCUGAAUUUUCUUUCUAGCUCAACAGGUUGCUGCAGCGACUUGCGCAUUGAAAUUUAGGUGGAGUUCUUUUCUUUUUUGCCUACCUGGAUCAAGAAGCGGCUCUCUGUCUCUGCUUUCUGCUCUUCCUUCUUUUUCUUCUCUCUCCCUGACUUACAGACAGACAGACACAGACACACACACACACUUUUUGUCAGCCUUUAUUAAACUGCUGUUUUUCCUAGACCACUGAAGCAACAGCAGGGAGACCUUUUUGCUUACCAGUCAAGCCACUGAAGAACUCCCAAGCAAGAUGGUUAAGUAUGGCCUGGAUUACACCCGCUGCAGAUGGAUCUUGCCUCUUCUGCUGGGCCUAGCAAUGAUCUUUGGCAUCAUUGCACUUCUUGGUUGGGGCUGGAUCUACUCCCAAACCCUGCCGCGUACAGUUCAAGGCUCGUUAUGGAGGCUAUGUAACGUACAAAAUGAAGGGGAUUGCAUGUCGCUCAUGGAUUUUGCCUGGGGUAGAGGUGCAGCUGGCACUUUCUUAGUUGGAUUUGUGCUCAUAGUUAUCUGUUUUGCCUUGUCCAUCAUCGCGUUUGCUAUCCGAACACUCCGUUUCAACUUCUUGAGAGGAAUAGGAGGCCUGUGUUUUGUUGCUGCUGUGUUCUCACUAAUGGGCCUUAUCAUCUACCCUGUAAUGAUAUCAAAAGAGGUAAUUUUACCUGUGAAUACUGUGAAUGAGUUCGGCUGGUCUUACGGCUUUGGGUGGACCAUGUGUCUCAUGGCAAUAGGCCUCGGAUUCUUCUUUUGCUGCAUCCCCCUCUACGAAGAUCAUAUUUUGGGAAACGUCAAGCCGUAUUAUUAUCCAAAUCUAUAACUGCUAGGAGCAGCAGCAGAGACAUCUUACUGAUUUCCUGAAUGUUUGGUUCCAAAUUUAAAACUGCACACCUGUAACCACCCACUCAUCCAUCCACACAUUAGUAGCAACAUAAAGGCUUAGCAAAUUUUUUAAAAGAACAUUUAAAAUCAUUUAAGUAUGUUAAAAAUACGAAGUUAUUUUCCAUUUUUGUUUGGUGUGGGUUGGCUGGGCUUUUUUGCAACUUUUCUUGAUCUCUAGUAAUAAUUGGGAGUCACCAGGCUUUGGUGUCUUUCUAAGGUAAAGCUGAUAAAUCAAACAUUCACGAAUUCAUUGGCAUAAUGGAUGAAUUAUGCAUUCAAAUGUACAUAUUUAAUUGAAUCUGAUUUGUUCCCUCUAAAAGGGAAUUUGGUGCCAGUGGCGUUGUUGUAAACAAUCUACAAACAUCUCCUCUUGUUUCAGCCCGUGGAUUUACAAUAAUUUGUCAAAGAAAUUAUUUGCCAAAUUAUGUCAAGAAAUAUUUAGUCCAGAAAGCUCAGUAUCUUAAUCAAAAACCUAAAAAUGUCUUCAGCACUGAACUACUGAAAUAUUCCUUUUAGUUGGUUAAUAUACUGAUUAAAAUCAGUACAGUUGACUGUAAUGUUUAAUCAGCCAAUCUCCCAACAUCUACUUGCAUUACUCUGCAUUCAGAUAUUCCUACAUUGCAGGGAAACAUGAGGCCUCCUGGUCUGCUUUUUCAGAACAGUGGGUUGGAUUCAGACUCUCCUUUCCAUGUAUGGAAGGGCUCCUUCAAGCCAUGGCAUCUCCAAUUUAAAAAAGAAUCAGG